UCCAAGACAACCACAUAUAUAGACUAUAGUUCAUAGUCUCCAAGAACGUAAGACUAAGGUCUUCUUUAUCUUCUUCUUCUUCUUCUUUCUCUCUUCUGCUGAUAAUUAUCUGAAGAUGGGUGAUCUAACAAUGAAGCAAAUCAAUGUUGAUGAAGAUCUACAUAGCUAUUGGUUGACCAAAAUGAAAGAUGACCAUCAUGAGUCGAUUUCCUCUGAAUCCUCCAUGGAAGAAGCUUCAACAAAAUCAUUUGAAUCAUCUUCAUCAUUGGAUUUAGCAGAGGAUGCAACAUCUUCAAUCACAUCGAAUUCAUCACAAUCAUCAUCAAAUGGUCCUCUAUAUGAAUUAUCUGAGCUCAUGACCCAACUCCCCAUCAAGAGGGCUGGACUCUCAAAGUAUUAUCAAGGGAAAUCAGAGUCUUUUACAUCUCUGGAUAGAGUCCAAAGUGUAGAAGAUCUUGCAAAGAAAGAGUCUGCUUAUAGUUACAGAAUAAAAAUGAAGUCUUCCAAGAGCUAUGGAGGUGAUUUAGAUGCUAAAAAGUAUCAUGGUCCCAAAGCCACCAUAUCAAAGAAGAUCUCAAGAGGUUCCUUUACUUCUUCUUCUUUGUUAGGUAAGAGAAGCUUGUUAGGUUGCAGACCUUCCAUUCAUGUACAGAAAAGAACUUGUAAUACCUAACAAUACCAAGAGAACUUUGCAUGUUUUUGGUACAUCAUUACAUUUUAGGCUUCACCAUUUCAUUGUUUUAAGCAACUAACAUAUUAAUUAACACAUGAUGAUUGAUGAUUGA